GAGAGAAGUGUUAUUAUUUUUCAUGUGAUUUGAAGACCUAUGAAGACAGUAAGAAAUCCUGCAAGAAAAUGGGCUAUAAACUUCUUAAGAUAGAAGAUGAAAAAGAACUGAAGUUCAUUCAAAUCCAACUGUCCUCUAAGUCCUUUUAUUCUUGGAUUGGAUUGACCUGUAAAGGAGCCAACAAUUUCUGGACAUGGGAAGAUAACUCACCAACCUCAUUAUCCUCACUGCUCUUUGUCACAAAGCAACAGACAAAGGCUGGAAGCUGUGUGAGGAUAACAGCAAGGAAGACUGAAGUUUCUGACUGUUCCAGACCCUCACACUAUGUUUGUGAAAGAAGAUUGCAGGUCAUGCUACCUAAUAAUGAGAACAAAAAAGCAACCACAGAAGACAAAUACAGAAAAUUUUCCUCCUAAAAAUGCAGAUUCUUGGAAGUCCUAGUAUCUCUCUUUCAUUUCAGAAUAUCCUUGGAUUUUUUUUA